CACACACAGAGGACGGAGGACAGGUGGAGGUGUGGACAGGUAGAACACACCGUGAAGCUCACUUUACCUGCAGACCAGGUGAGAGGCAGACAGGACAGAGGACAGGUGGAGGUUCGGACACAGAGUGAAGCUCAGUUCACCUGGAGACAGGUGAGACAGGGAGGACACCGAGGGGACACCGAGGGGACACAGAGGGGACACAGAGGGGACACCGAGGGGACACCGAGGGGACACAGAGGGGACACCGAGGGGACACCGAGGGGACACAGAGGCAGGCUGGAUCCACAGUAUGCUGAGGGAGUCCCCUCACCUGGAAAAAUGUACGUGAGUUACCUGCAGCUGGACAAGGACCCCGCCAUGUACCCGCACCAGACCCCGGUGACCCGCCACCCGGGCCUCAGCCCGCAGAACUUCUCGGUCCCGGCCCCGCCGCAGUAUUCAGACUUCUCCGCCUACCACCAUCACCACCACCACGGCAUCAACAACGACCCUCACCCGUCUCAGCAGCCCGGCCCGGGGCCCGGCGGCUGGAGCUCGGCCUACCCGCCUCCUCCUCCGCCGGCCCGGGACGACUGGUCGUCCCAUCACUACGCUGCAGCCGCCGCGGCCGCAGCCGCCGGGGGGACUUCCGCCGCCUCCACCGUGCCCGGGGUGGUGGGUCCUCCUCUGGGCUUCAGUCCCCCGGAGUUCCCCGGACAGCCGUCCGCGCUGCUGCCCGCGGCCCUGAACGCCUCAGCGGGGCAGCUGUCCCCCGGAUCCCCGCAGAGGAGGAACCCGUACGACUGGAUCCGCCGGAGCUCCGCGCCGCCCACUAACCCCAAUGGAAAGACGCGGACUAAGGACAAGUACCGGGUGGUUUACACGGACCACCAGCGUCUGGAGCUGGAGAAAGAGUUUCACUACAGCAAAUACAUCACCAUCAGGAGGAAGGCGGAGCUCGCCACAUCGCUGGGUCUGUCAGAGAGACAGGUGAAGAUCUGGUUCCAGAAUCGUCGGGCCAAAGAGCGCAAGAUCAACAAGAAGAAGCUCCAGCAGCCGGCCUCCUCCACCACCACACCCACGCCUCCCACCGGCAGCAACAGCAGCGGAGGAGGAGGUGGCGGUGGCGGCCUGCACGGAAAUGGCGGGAACAGCGUCGGCAUGGUGACGAGCAGCAGCGGCAGCAAUGGGUUGGUGUCGCCUUCCUCCCUGCCUCUGAACAUCAAAGAGGAGUACUGAGAGGAGGAUACGAGAUGUUUCAUCGGACGCUGGCGUUGGGGAUCUGGACUAAAAAAAUUCUCCCCGAUGGACUGAGAAACUGUUUUCAUCACCUCCUGCCGUAUUUCUGUCGUCCUCUUAAAGCUCGUUGACAGUGUGAGAAAAUAUCGUUGGGCGACGUCACAGAGAGUUGCAGAUGAUUGUGGUCAGAUGUUUGCUUGCUGGGACGUCAGCCUGGUUGCACGUUAACAGCUAACUGUUUGACUGCAACGAGUCCAAAUCACUGCGGACUUUUCUCCAAACUUUUCUGCUGAACUUGAUAUUCUUGUUUCCAUCUGAUGGAACGAUGCAGCUGUACAACUGAUGUAGCUUCAGUAAAGAGCUGCAGCGAGCAGACGAGACGAUACUGUCAGACAGUGUGAAACAUAUCUUUGUUUUUUAACUCUAAAGCUACUUAAUUCAUGAUGUUCAGGGUAAAUCAAGUUUCCAGAUAUUUGUUUUUUGCUUGAUGAUGAUGAUGCAUUUAAAAAAAGAUUUAUUCUGCCUCUUUCAGAAAUGUUUUCUCACCCACAGAGGAAAAUAAAGUCAUGUGACAGCAA